GCCCUCAAUCCCGCAAAAUUUGCUUUGGCAUUUAGGUAUGCAUAGGCCUUCGUUCUUCAUCUUCCGGUCGAUAACUCCCUCGCAGUUGGGGAGCUUGCUCGUGAUGUUCGGUUUCUCAGUCCUCAUAGGACCAUUAAACCAUGCAAAACAUUUAAUUUCAAAAGAGCGACUACCAUUCACCCUCGUCUAUUUCUCAAGCUUGGGAUUGACCCUCUAUUUCUCCAUCAGCGUUCACUCGUACUUGGGUUCGCUACUAGCAGGUGUCGUCCAGGUAGUAUCUCUAGUAGCCUAUGUCUUGGCGUACUUCCCAGGAGGUACACAGACAUUACGCUUUGGUGGACAAAUCGCUCUUCGUGGAGCAGGAAGCCUGCUACCUUUCUGAGUAACAGUGAUGACAAAAACCCAAUCAACACGACUGUAUCCUCACAUACAAUACCUAAUCUAGUGCUUGCUCCUUAUUCAUUCCCACGACGUCAAUCAAUCAAUCAUAGGCGCGGUGGGGUACUUUUGAAAACAACAAAC